AGGGAUGUCACGGAAGUGUACUGCUGGCAGCACCGCGUCGCACCGCGCUUUGCACCUAAUGCUGCAACAUGGUCCCCAGAAGCCUGAAGCCACAGAUUCAUCCACACUCGGGGGUCAACUCUCCGGCCUGCGGGUGUAGGUGACAUUACCUUCUGUAAAUUCUGAGGGCCCGGGAACCUCAGGGUGGGGGUAUCAGCCUCUCCUCACUCAGCAGCCCCCACCCCGCUGUUCCGCUGGGAGUCCCCCAGCAGCUCAGUGAGUCCUCUUGCUAAGCUGAACCCCAAUGGGACGCUGAAAUGCCAGCCUCUCCCUCCUGCCAGCUCCCCUGAUUCCUGGGUAAGGGAUUCCUUCAUCGCUCUGGGGACCCUGUUCCUCCUUCCAGCUCUGCUCCAGAAAUGAGGGAAGAGGCUCUCUCCCCCAGCCCCGUGACAGCCCCACGGCUCUCACCGACCCAUGCCACCUCCCCAGCCUCAGACGUUUUUCCUCUGCAUGUGGGCAAGGGCCUGUGGGGAGGAUGUGGGUCUGAGGGGCCAGCAGUGAGCCCUGCAGUGGGAAGGAGGUCUGGGGGGAUGGCCACUCAACCAGCCUGUGGAUGCUGAGCCCCUCGGAACCGGCCAGACCCCACCAGACAGCCUGCCACAGAGAAGCGACUGCUCCGAAGAAGCUGCCAGAAGGGAGGAGGAGGAGUGGCGGGGUGGGCCGCCAUUCCAGUGGGAGAGACCACUGAGGAGCAAGAGGACCAAUCACUAAUCAUACACAAAAUAGUUGCAUGCAACAUGGAUUUAGGCCGGGUUCUCAAGAGGUGGCCUGAGGAAGUGGAUGAAGCUGACGGCACUUGGGGUGCUGGGGUGCAGGUGCGGGAGCGGAGAGAGCCCAGGCUGGCCCUGGUCACAGGAAGUGGCAGAGGAAAGGGGGCCGGGAUUGGGGAGGAAUGACUCACAAUCCAUGCUGUGAGGCCCCUUGUUUUCUUUGGCAGCAGGAGGGUUCUCACCCUGAGGAGAGCUGGGGCAGGAGGGGCAGUAAGCAGACCAGCAGCUCUAGGUCUUUCUAUUCCUCCCACGGCAUGCCUUGAAGGCUCUGGCCUGGCCCGCCUGGCUUUGGAGGGAUCCCAACGGCCUCACUUGGCCAAGGGACUGAGGUGCCCAACAUGCAAGCAGUGUGCUCCUCCUUGAGGAAUUCCCCAAGGCCUCUGGUUUGUGGGGCACACUCCAGGCUUAAUCCCUCUAGUUUGGAUGCCAGCUCCCCCCCCACCCAUGGCCCGAAGCAUCGGCCUGUCGCCCAGACGCUUGUGAGGCUCUCCACCCACCUUCUCUGCUUUCUGGGCCCCCUACCCCGCUGGCUCUUUCUUGGAACCACAGGUAAUUCCCUUGGGAAGCUUUUUCAAACUUCUGUUUAUACCUCAAGUACAGGCCGUAUUAACACCCUCUCUGCCAAAAAUUUGAGAUCAUGGAUAAAAAAAAGAUAAACCCUAUCUAGAUAUACAUCCUUUCUAGAGGGAUAUUCAGAUGCAAAUGGGUGACUUCCAGCUUUACAAUAUUCACUCACAAUAACCCACAGUCAGACACCAUCUCAUGCACUCCUGAACCAGAGGUACUGUCUUCAUGAGGUGCGGUGGCAACGAGGCAGGGGAAGGGAGGCAUAUACACUGGUGGGCUGCGUAAUGUUGAGCUGGCUCUUGGGGCAGGCGCGGAAGGCAGGGGGGCUCUGAUUUAUAGCGCGUGCUGAUUCCCGUGGUGUAUGCUCCCACUGUGGCUGGUUUCAAGCUCCCCAUGUGAAGUCACCCAGGGCAGACCUGGGAAGAGAUGCCAAUCUUCAGCUCUCAGGAGCCAGUAUGAUCUGACUCCCAGCACACCACCGGAUGGGUGGCAACCUCCAAUGGAGUUGGAAGAGUUCCACAAGCUUCUUUGUGGCCAGGGCCCAGAGAGGGAAGGGAGAACCAAAAUGAUGGUGACAUCUCGGUGAUCACAGGGGAAGAGAGUCUCAGCGAGGACAAAGAGGUCGUGCACAUUCUCUGCUGCCCAGUGGCAUAGAAGGAAGAGGCCGGAGAAGCUGCUGGAUCUGACUGACCCCACCCUGCUCCCCAAGUCUCACCCAUCACCCCUGAGACCCAGGCUCUCUCUACAGGUCUGGGGCUCUGUCUUAUGAAGGGGGGCAGGCUCCCAUCAGAGGCUUGACCAUCUGCACAGAAGGAGCAAGGGCUGGAAAAGAAAGGACAAUAUGUUGGGGUGGGGGGGAGAGGAAUGUCCUGACAGGAUCUGCUCUGGGAAGGCACCAGGCCUGCCAAAGCCACCCUGGGUCACCAACAUGAAUUGGGGUGCCAAGAUCCUCGCUCUCUCUCUCUCUCUCUCUCUUUUUUUUUUGUCCCAGGACAUUCUGUGGGGCAGAAGGGCACCUCCUCUCUGCCCCAGGUGGGAGCUCCCAGGAGAGCUGCUCAUUUGGGGCCCUUCCCAUGAAAUUCCAGAAGAUUCCCUCCUGUCAGAUCAGGGUCAUAGCAACUGAGAACAAUGCUGGACAGGCCGAGCGAGCUCUGCAUAGGGGCAGGGGGUCUGGGAGAGCGUCAGAAGCUGCUGGGGCCUGUCCGACCCAAACUGGGCCACUGGUGGGGCCUUUCAUGUCCGCCUUCCUCUCGGGGCCUGCCUUUGCCUCUUCCCACCCCACUACCCCCAGUGCGGCAAUUACGGCGCUAAUUAGGGCGCUUUGAUCAUCUUUAGAAAUGGCUACAUGGGGGAGAGACGCUGCCAAGCAAUUAGGGGCAGAGGGGCCGGGAGCUCGGGCACCUCCUCGGGGGGUGGGGCUGCCAAGGACCCUCAGACACCCCCUGCCCUCCUCCCUCCAGGAGUAUCUGCCCCCAGCAUAGCCAUAAACUCCUCAGGGAGUAGAGGCAGAUGGGAAUCCCCCCCCCAUCUGAGCCCUGGAGACAGGGCCAACCCCUACCCACUGGCCCCCCUCUGCCUGGCCCCCAGCCCAACCGUCAGCUCUUCUGGCCUGUCCAGGCCCCUUUGAUGGAGCCGCAGAAACAAGGGCUCCUUUGACAGAAGGGGGGCCUCAGAGCCGGGACUAUGAAACUUCAAAGGUGAGGGUCGAGCCCACUACCCCGAUCCCUCCCCCAACCCUGGCCCCCCUCCCGAGUACCCCCCCCAGUCUGUCCUCUAUAUAGCCCCCCAAGCCCCAUUCCCCUGUGGGCUCCGGGGAGUUAAGGGCCAGGUGAGGGACCAACUGAGGAAGGUGGGUGAUUUUGAAGGGCGGGAACAGUCAGAUGAUUUGAGGGACAAGAAUCCAGUGCCCAGGGGCAGAAAGGCAGUGGGAGGCAGCCACCAAAGGAUUAGCACCUGCAGGGUGGACCCCAAGGGGGAAAAGGGCCAGGGUCGCCCCGGCUCCCAGUCAUCAUGCUGCUUCCCGUGCUGCUGCUGCUGCUGCUGCUGCCCCUCCCAGACCCAUGGUCUGCCUAUGGGCACCCCCUGUAUAUGCGCCUACCCCCCAGCACCCUGCAAGCUCUGUCAGCCCAGGGCACGAAAGCAUUGCAGGCUGCCCAGAGGAGCGCCCAGUGGGCAGUGAAUCGAGUGGCAAUGGAGAUCCAGCACAGACUGCACGAGUGCAGAGGUUGUGCCAACCACACCAUCCCAUGCCCCGCAGGACCCUGGCGUUCUAGGCCUCAGGCUCCCCUCCUCCAAGAUCCAGCAGAGCCAGGGCCGUGCGGCGAGAGGCGCCCGAGCACUGUCAACGUGACCCGUGCCCACGGCCGCAUUGUGGGGGGUAGCGCUGCGCCCCCCGGGGCCUGGCCCUGGCUGGUGCGGCUGCACCUCGGGGGGCAGCCUCUGUGCGGCGGCGUCCUGGUGGCGGCGUCCUGGGUGCUCACCGCGGCGCACUGCUUCGCGGGCGCCCCGAACGAGCUUCUGUGGACGGUGACGCUGGCCGAGGGCCCCCGGGGGGAGCAAGCGGAGGAGGUGCCGGUGAACCGCAUCUUGCCCCACCCCAAGUUCGACCCGCGGACCUUCCACAACGACCUGGCCCUGGUGCAGCUGUGGACGCCGGUGAGCCGGGCGGGGGCGGUGCGCCCCGUGUGCCUGCCCCAGGGUCCCCGGGAGCCCCCAGCCGGCACGGCUUGCGCCAUCGCGGGCUGGGGGGCCCUCUUCGAAGACGGGCCUGAGGCCGAGGCGGUGAGGGAGGCGCGAGUGCCCCUGCUCAGCGCUGACACCUGCAAAAGGGCGCUGGGGCCCGAGCUGCACCCCAGCAGCAUGCUCUGUGCCGGCUACCUGGCCGGGGGCAUCGACUCAUGCCAGGGUGACUCCGGAGGCCCCCUGACCUGUUCUGAGCCUGGCCCCCAGCCCAGGGAGGUCCUGUACGGAGUCACCUCCUGGGGGGACGGAUGCGGAGAGCCAGGGAAGCCCGGGGUCUACACUCGUGUGGCCGUGUUCAGAGACUGGCUCCAGGAGCAGAUGAGCGCACCCCCCUCCAGCCGGGAGCCCAGCUGCAGGGAGCUGCUGGCCUGGGACCCGCCGGGGGAGCCGCUGGCCGACGCCGCCGCGCCCUGCGCCUUCUACGCGCGCCUGUGCCCCGGGCCCGCGGCCGCCUGUGCGCGGCUGGCGCAGCAGCAGUGCCUGCAGCGCCGGAGGCGAUGCGAGCUGCGCUCGCUGGCGCACACCCUGCUGGGCCUGCUGCGGGGCGCUCAGGAGCUGCUCGGCCCGAGCCCGGGGAUGCGGCGCCUGGCCCCCUUCCUGGCGCGCCCCGCCCUGGCGCUCCUGGAGCCUCCCAGGCACCCCGCCCGCGAGCAGCGGCUGCACCCAGGAUCGCGGGCUGCCGGCGCUCGGUUCCCGAAGCGGAGGCCGGAGCAGCGCGAGGAAGCGAACGGCUGCCCUGGGCUGGAAGGCCUGCGACAGAAGUUGACCACCCUUCAGGGCACCCAUGCCUGGAUCCUACAGGUUCCAUCAGAGCACUUGGCCAUGGACUUUCAGGAGGUCCUGGCCGAUCUGGGCUCCAAGACACUGACUGGCCUCUUCCGAGCAUGGGUACGGGCAGGCUUGGGGGGCCAGCAUGUGGUCUUUGGUGGCCUGGUAGGCCUGGAGCCAGCCACGAUGGCCCGCAGCCUCCCCCGGUUGCUGGUACAAGCCUUGCAGGCCUUCCGCUUGGCCGCCCUGGCGGAGGCAGAGGGAUCCCAGAUGGGAGCAAGGCAGAGACAGGGGCUGGGGACCAAGGGGCAUCACUCACUCAGUCCUCAGAUUUCUCCAGCCAGGGGGCCAUGAGCCACGUCUGGGCCCCCAACCCCUGGCGGGGACCUACCACUCUGGGAGGCUCCUGUGAUGACAAAGUGUCACGGCCACAGUGGGCUGGGUGUGUGGGGUGGGGGACCAGGGUCCAUGUGUCUUCCCGGAUGUGCCAUCAGAAAAUCACAGCUGCUUUAAUAAACAUUAUUUAUGAUC